AUCCUAGCAAAGAAAAAAUACUUUUUUUUAUUGCCUUGGACUUGCCGCUUUCCCCCUUUUCCAAUUAGAUCAAGAUUUCAUUCCUACAAUCACUUAUUCGUUGAGACAAUACCCCACGGGAGGGUCUGAUUUGUGAGGAUGACGAAUUAGCGGAUCCACUCGUUUUCUUCCUUCCCGCCCUUAGUCCAGUGGAAACCCCUUUUUUUUUCUUUUUAGGAAGCGUUGCAACAAAAAAAGAGGUAUUUCGGAAUUGACAUGCGGCCUGGGACCUAAUUCUAAUAAGUAUCUUUCUUAUUGGAACUUCAAUUGAAAUAAUCAAAAGUAAGCCAUUUCAAAAUGAAAUAAUAUAUUAAUAUAUAUUUAGUUUAGAAAUAAGAAAAUAAAUAAAAAAUCAACCAAAACAAAAAAGGGGCGAAGUGAUACAAAAAGAACUCUGUUCGAUUUUGUUAGUCCUAUCUAUAAGAGGAGAUCAUAUGAAAAAUGGAACCGAUUCUUUCCUUUCCUUGGGUUACUGGCCAUCCGCCGGGAGUUUCGGGUUUAAUACCGAUAUUUUAGCAACAAAUCCAAUAAAUCUAAGUGUAGUGCUUGGUGUAUUGAUCUUUUUUGGAAAGGGAGUGUUAAGUGAUUUAUUAGAUAAUCGAAAACAGAGGAUCUUGAGUACUAUUCGAAAUUCAGAAGAACUACGUGAAGGGGCUAUUGAACGGCUGGAAAAAGCCCGGGCCCGCUUACGGAAAGUAGAAAUGGAGGCAGAUGAGUUUCGAGUGAAUGGGUACUCUGAGAUAGAACGAGAAAAAUUAAAUUUGAUUAAUUCGACUUAUAAGAAUUUGGAACGAUUAGAAAAUUACAAAAAUGAAACUAUUCAGUUUGAACAACAAAGAGCCAUUAAUCAAGUCCGACAACGAGUUUUCCAACAAGCCUUACAAGGAGCUCUAGGAACUCUGAAUAGUUGUUUGAACAAUGAGUUACAUUUACGCACCAUCAGUGCUAAUAUUGGUAUGUUUGGGGCGAUGAAAGAAAUAACUGAUUAGCCCUUCUACUGUAGGCAUUAUUUUUUUUUGCUUCCGAAAAAGAAUUAAGAAAGACUCAUGGUAACAAUUCGAGCCGACGAAAUUAGUAAUAUUAUUCGUGAACGUAUUGAGCAAUAUAGUAGAGAAGUAAAGAUUGUGAAUACCGGCACCGUACUUCAAGUAGGCGACGGCAUUGCUCGUAUUCAUGGUCUUGAUGAAGUAAUGGCAGGUGAAUUAGUAGAAUUUCAAGAGGG